CCUGGUCACACGCGACAGAAUAUUGAUUCUUAUUUCUUUGGUUUCCUCGUCGUUCUUGUUGUGCCUCUGGUUGUCUGUCUUUUGUGUCUUCUGUCUGUCUUCUUGCCGUUUGGAUUUUUUUUUUCUGAUUUGAAGAAAUUAUAAUGCUUUUAUUAACUCUUUUCUUUCUUUUUUAUUUUAAUCUAUAUUAUGCAAGCUGAUGAGAUCAAUAGUAUUGUUUCUAGAAUAUCUUCCAUAUGGAUGGAUUUAUUGAAACAAAAAAACCUUACUAACUCUUUUUUACGUGAAAUCAAAGCUAAUAGCGACAGAGCAAAUGACUACGAAAAACGCGAACUUCUGGAUCAAGCUCUUGAAAUCAUACCUAUACAUUUAUUGUAUGAAAAAGCUCAAGAAACAUGUACUUGUUUGGAAGAUUUGGAAGAUCAAGUUAUCAAACAACUACUUAUUUGGUUCAAAAACGACUUUUUCCAAUGGAUUAACGAACUGCCUUGUGAUAAUUGUAUGGCAAAAGAUACUAUUUCUGUUGGAUACACUCAAGCUACUCAACAAGACCUUGACUAUGGUGCUUCGGUUAUUGAACUCUAUCGUUGUAAUAUUUGUCAAGCAUAUAGUCGAUUCCCUAGAUAUAAUGAUCCUGCCAAACUAUUGCAAACUCGGAAAGGACGUUGUGGUGAAUGGGCAAAUUGUUUUACUUUAUGUUGUCGUGCUAUUGGUGUUGAAGCUAGAUUGGUGUUAGACAAGACUGAUCAUGUAUGGACUGAAUUUUACUCAACUUUUCAAAAUAGAUGGAUUCACUGUGAUCCUUGUGAAGAAGCCUUUGAUCGCCCAAUGAUGUACACUGCAGGAUGGAAUAAGGAACUGACCUAUUGUAUAGCAUUCUCGGCAGAUGAAGUGGUUGAUGUGACACGUAGAUAUGUAAGGGAUUGGAAAAAGGUACAAAGUCGACGACAAUUGGUAGACGAACUUGAUCUAGCAAAUUAUAUUAAGCAACUCUGUAUGGAUAAACAAGCAUUGAUGGAUGCUGAACGUCGAAAUACUAUCAAACAACGUCAGGAAAUGGAACAAAAGGAAUUAGAUGAAGCAAGUCGACGACCUCCCGUAGUAAAAGAUAGUGAACUCCUGGGUCGACAAAGUGGAUCUAUUACUUGGAGAACAUUACGAGGCGAACAGGGUCAAAGUGGAUUGUCAUCGUCAUUAUCAUGCUCAAUAGCGGGAAAAACACCACAUGAUAGUGUAUUUGGAAAACAAGGAUUAGAAAAGCGAAUGAUCUUCGAAAAUGCAACAAUCAACAAUAUUCAGUUAUUAGGAUCAGCAAGAAGCAUCAUGGGAUCGACAAAGAAUAUUUGGCGACUAACGGCAGCACAAUCUUCACAAUGUGGAGGUCUAUUUACUCGACAACUCAUUGAUAUAUCACGCGGAUUAGAAACAGAAUUUGCAUUUUGUAUGACCAAUGCUCAAGGGGGAGCUGCAUACGGUGGAGCGGAUGGAAUGGCGUUUGUUAUACAAGCAAAUGAUCAGGCCCAACUAGGUGAAGGUGGAUGCGAAUUGGGUUAUGGUGGAAUCAAAAAUAGUUUGGCCAUAGAGUUUGAUACAUAUGACAGCUCAGAUCGAUGUGCUGAUCCAUCAUCCAACCAUAUCAGCAUUCAAGGAAGAUUACACAACAACAAUUCAGCACAUCAUGAUCAUUCACUCAAACAUACAUCAGCCAUUCCAGCAAUGAACAGUGGAGAAUGGAUUUAUUGUCGUAUUCGUUAUUUAACCAGUGCGCGAACAAUGGAAGUAGCAUUGAAAGAACCAUCAUCAUCAAACUAUAUCACAGUAUUGACAUUGGAUGAUUUGGAUUUAAGGAAGUAUAUGAAUGAACGACAAACAUGUUGGAUUGGAUUUACAGCAAGUACUGGUGGAUUAUUCCAAAAUCAUGAUUUACAGUGGUUAUCUCUUUGUAGUUAUAUGUGACACCCUCCCUCUUUUAUAUAUAUAUAUAUAUAUAUAUACCCCUGAAUUUACUUAUACGCUGUUGUUAU